CUGUGGUUGCUAAGGCAGCAUGGGCUGCCAAAGAUGCACAAAUCAUGUCCUGGAUUCUCAGUUCUAUGGAGCCACAUCUGAUCCUUUCUUUGUGUCCUUAUAGAUCUGCAAAGGCUAUGUGGGAUCAUCUCACUCAAGUUUAUAACCAAGACAACAAUGCUAGGCGUUUUCAGCUUGAGUUGGCUAUUGCCAACUAUACCCAAGGAGAUCUUUCUAUUCAAGAUUACUAUUCUGGUUUUCUGGCCUUAUGGAGUGAUUAUUCUGAUCUUGUUACAGCCAAGGUUUCUGCAGAAGGUGUGCUGGCAGUGCAGCAAGUCCAUAAAAUCAGCCAACGAGACCAAUUUCUGAUGAAAUUGCGACCAGAAUAUGAACCCGUUCGUGCCUCUCUCGUCAAUCGCGAUCCUGUUCCAUCCUUGGAUGCUUGCUUUGGCGAACUAUUGCGUGAAGAGCAGCGUCUCCAUACUCAAACCAUUAUGGAGCAAGCAAGAGUUGCCUCUACCAGUGUCUCAGUUGCUUAUGCUGCUUCUGCUUACAGCAAGGGGAAGAGUCGCGAUAUGAGCAAGACACAAUGCUAUAGUUGUAAGAAGUACGGACAUAUUGCUUCCCAUUGUCCUCAUAAAAUUUGUAACUACUGCAAGCAGCUAGGCCACAUCAUUAAGGAGUGUCCUAUCCGUCCUCCACGCCCCAACAAAGCUUAUCACGCUGCUGUUACUGCUGCUGGUUCCCCUUUUUCACAGACUCAACCUCCAGCAAAUUUACUCACCCGAGAGAUGGUGUAAGAAAUGAUUGUGAGUGUUUUCUCCACACUUGGACUUCAAGGAUCAGAUGUCAGGACAGCUGAUAGCGAAGGGGCCUAAGCACGGACGUUUAUUUUCUCUCCAACUUCCUAUUCCACGCACUUUGCUUCCUUCCUCUGUUUUAGCUUUCUUUUGUACUGCACCUAAAGUGUCCAAUGAAGUUUGGCAUAAACGUCUAGGUCAUCCAAAUCCUAGAAUCCUCUCUCAUUUGUUGAAAUCUGGGUUAAUAAGUAAUAAAGAACAUUCAGCUUCAACUGUGUUCCUUGAUUGUGCUACAUGUAAACUUGGCAAAAGUAAAAUUUUACCCUUU